AUGGAAGAAAACGAAGAAGAAACUAUCGUAAUUGCUUGUUUGUUAGCUGAAGAAGAGGAAGAAAAAGCUAAGAACUCUAGAAAAAGGAAACAUAAUAUCUGGGUACACGAUAUUUUCAGGAAAAGAUCGCAACAUGGAGAAUAUCACACACUGUUUCCUGAUUUGCUAAACGAUGAUGCCAAAUUCUUCCAAUAUUUUCGCAUGACUCAAGUUAAAUUUAAUACUCUUGUUGACAUCCUGAAACCAUAUUUAUUAAGACAGAAUACAGCAUACACGGAGGCUAUACGACCAGAAGAAAGGCUUGCUGUGUGUGUAAGGCUCAGUCGUGCGAGAAAUACUGUAGAAAAUACGUUUGGGAUAUUGGCAAGAAAAUUUAGAAUUUUUGAACGAAGAUUGUCUAUGCACGAAGAACAUAUUGUGACUGUUGUAAUGGCUACAUGCUGUUUGCACAACUUUCUAAGAGAUGACACAUGCUACUGGACAGAAAAUGAUUUAAACAUUUCUCUUGAGGAAAUGUCAGGGCUACAAAACCUACGAAACAUAAGUGGUAAUUCACGCACAGAUGCUUUAACAGUCAGGGAUAACUUAAAAAAUUACUUCAACUCAGAAGUAGGGUCGGUUGAAUGGCAAUUAAGAAGAGUUCGGAGUGGAAGGCACGAAAAUGUAUAA